CUAGAUGAUGGUUGAGGAAAAGGCUAUUGGUAUUAGAACAGUGACGUGCUCUGUUAGCUUUGCUUGGCUCCUAACAGAAAGGCUUUGGAUUCAGAAGUGCUCCACAGCGACCUUCCACGGGUAGCAGUGAGGGGAGCCAGAGUUCCCCAGUCUCCAGCUGGGAAAACCCAGAACAUCUAAGAGAUGGAAAAAAGAGAACUAAAGAUAUAUGCCAAGCAUAGAGAACAAUAUUUGUCACACAGUUUCUGUUCCAAAAUUUGGCAAGGUUCCCUGGCUUAGUGAAGCCAGCCUGGUAAACAAGCCCCUAGUGCUCAGCCUCCCCAAAAGAUCUCCUCAUUCCUCUGCCACUUUUCUGACUUCAUCCAAGAAGGAUGUGAAUUUGCCAAUUAUGUUUCAAGUUCCAGAUGUCUUAUCUAAGGCCAGGAGGAACCAGAGUGACUCCAUGCUGCUCAGAAACAAGCGGCUGUGCCCCCAGUGUCGACGAAUAAAUACAGUACAACCAAGAUCUAUGAUAAUCCCAGAUGAUCUGAAAGUAUCCUUUGAGAAUUUUAUGAGUCGUAGAAUGAAGAGUCUUCGUCAACCCAGAGCCCAGACUAAAUCUUCCCAUGAUGACAUCGCAAAAGAGAGUGUUCACUACAGACUGCCCAUCCUGGGCCCCAGGACAGCUGCCUUCCAUGGACUGCUGUCAGAUGCCUACAAAACUCUGGAGGCGAUGCAGCCUUCUUCCUUGCCCAAAAAGGAACCAAUGGGCAAGAGAUAGAGGAAGUGAGUAGUCAGAGCUCAUCACUUUCUGGACCCCCAGACAGAAAACAACCCACCAAGCCACUCUCUGACUCUAGUACUUUCUCCUCCCCCUAAAAAGAUGAUUUAAUUUUAUGUUCCUAAGAGUUGCUGGCAUUCUAGCUUUUGCCACCAUCUUCUUACUCACUUCUCCUAAAGACAAACUGGUUUAAAUUAUAUAAGGCUUUGUUGAUUAAAAUGGAACGUGGUGAGUGUCUCUCAUUU